AUGAAGGAGAGGCAGCGUUGGAGAGCUGAGGAGGACGCUUUACUACGUGCUUACGUGAAACAUUAUGGUCCAAGGGAGUGGAACCUUGUCUCACAGCGCAUGAACACACCCCUAAACAGGGAUGCUAAAUCUUGCUUAGAAAGGUGGAAGAACUACCUCAAACCAGGGAUAAAGAAAGGAUCUCUUACUGAAGAAGAGCAGAGUCUUGUCAUCCGACUGCAGGCAAAACACGGCAACAAAUGGAAGAAAAUUGCAGCUGAAGUUCCAGGCCGAACUGCUAAGAGACUAGGCAAGUGGUGGGAAGUGUUUAAAGAGAAGCAACAGAGAGAGCUGAAAGAAAAUAACAAGACAGUUGAGCCGAUAGACGAGGGCAAGUACGAUAGAAUUUUAGAGACUUUUGCUGAGAAGCUAGUGAAAGAGCGACCUUCUCCAGCCCCCUCCACCGUCAGGCCACCGUCGCCCUCUGUAACACUAAGCCUCUCUCCAUCAACAGUUGCUGCAUCCCCUCCAAUCCCAUGGCUGCAGCCUGAAAGAGGUCCGGAAAACACUCCUCUUGUUUUGGGCAAUUUGCCUCCUCAUGGGACGGUCCCUGUUUGUGGUGAGAGCUUCUUAAUGUCUGAGUUGGUGGAUUCCUGUAGAGAAUUGGAAGAAGGGCACCGUGCUUGGGCUGCACACAAGAAGGAAGCUGCCUGGAGGCUAAGAAGGGUAGAGUUGCAGCUGGAGUCAGAGAAGUCAUGCCGAAGGAGGGAGAAAAAGGAAGAGAUAGAGUCCAAGAUCAAGUCUCUUAGGGAAGAAGAGAAAGCGUCUCUUGAUAGGAUUGAAGCAGAGUACAGGGAACAAUUAGCAGGGCUUAGAAGGGAUGCGGAAACCAAGGAACAGAAAUUGGCGGACCAGUGGAGUGCAAAGCAUUUGCGUCUUACUAAGUUUCUCGAACAGAUGUCUUGCAGACCUAGGCUUUCUGAGCCUAAUGGUCGUUAA